AUGAUAAGUCUAUUUUUGUUUAAUCGAUCAUUAUUCUUUAUUUUAUUAGAUCAACAUGGAAAUAAGCCUCCUGUUGUACCUAAAUCAGUGAUAGCAAGAAAUGGUGUUAAACCAAAUAAUCAUCGUCGAUCAAAUACACAAACAAUUUCAACAAAUAUACCUAAUGGUUAUGAUUUACCUGAUGUUACUGAUACAAAACCAUCGACACCAACAAAUCGUACUAGUACUAUACCAACAAAUUCAUCAAAUACUAAUCGACCACGUCCACCUGUAUCUCGUCCAUUACAAAAUUAUCGUGGUUCACAAACAUCUUAUAAUAACAACAGUAAUAAUAAUCUAAAAGUUCAACCAACAUUACAAAAAAAUUUAAAAAAACCAACAAAUGAUUUUGGUUCAACAUUUACAGCUAAACAAUUUGCAUCCAAUGAUAAUAGUUUAUUAAAUGAUGUUAGUAAUAAACCAUUAACUACACCGAAUCGUUCACAAAUUGGAUCACAACGACGUACACCAAUACAAUCGUCAAUCGAAAAAAUUCCACCAUCAUCAUCAAUCGAUAUGACAACAGCAUUAGUAAAUAAUGGACAAACAUCCAUUCCACGUAGUGCAUCAUCAUUAAGUCAAGGUAGAAAAAGUGGCAUACCAACAAUUGGUAAACAACAACGACCAAGUAUUCCAACUGCUACACGACCAACAUCAACAAAUGUAAUUCCUUCAUCUCAAUCAUCAGAUAGUAUGAUGGCAACUAGAAAUAUUCGAACACCAGCAUCAAUAGCUCGACCACAAAUUCCUGAUACUAUGUCACCGACAUCAUCAUGGAAUGAAGGAUGCUAUUAA